UUCGGGCCGCAGCUUUGGGGCGUCAGGCGUAAGUCAAAGCCCGCCACAGUCCCCAAGUCCGGUACCUGCUCCAGGGUCGUGAGUGCCGGGUGUGGACCGUGCGCGUGCGCGCCCGGAGGGGGCGUGAGGCGGGUGUGCUGGGUUUCUUGGAGCUCGUGGCAGCUGAGGUUAACGGCAGCGGUGUCCCGCGCCCCACUGGUAGUUGCGGGGCCUCGCGUUUCGCCCAGGGCUGCACGGAGCCCUGGCGGCCACGGGGGACCGCAAGGGGCGGAGGAAAGCAGGGGGCCGGCCUCGGCACUCGGAGGAACAGCCGAGCAUGCCCCGAGACAACAUGGCCUCCCUGAUCCAACGGAUCGCCCGCCAGGCGUGCCUCACCUUCCGAGGCAGCGGGGGCGGCCGCAGCGCUUCCGAACGCGGCGCGGUGCCCGGCCCCGAGGCGCCGUUGCCGCAGGGCUUCCCGGAGAACCUUAGCAAGCUGAAGAGCCUGCUGACCCAGGUCCGCGCUGAGGACCUAAAUAUCGCCCCGCGCAAGGCCACGCUGCAGCCUCUGCCGCCCAACCUGCCACCCGUUACCUACAUGCACAUCUACGAGACGGACGGCUUCAGCCUCGGCGUAUUCCUCCUCAAGAGCGGCACGUCCAUCCCACUGCACGACCACCCUGGCAUGCAUGGCAUGCUCAAGGUGCUCUACGGCACCCUGCGUAUCAGCUGCAUGGACAAGUUGGAGGCAGGUGGCGGUCAACGGCAGCGGGCCCCACCACCAGAGCAGCAGUUCGAACCUCCUCUGCAGCCCCGGGAGCGGGACGCCAUUCGGCUGGGCGUGCUGCGCUCGCAGGCGGAGUACACCGAGGCCAGCGGCCCCUGCGUCCUUACACCCCACCGGGACAACUUGCACCAGAUCGACGCUGUAGACGGGCCCGCUGCCUUCCUGGACAUCCUGGCCCCGCCCUACGACCCCGAUGACGGCCGAGACUGCCACUAUUACCGGGUGCUGGAACCUGUCAGGGCGAAGGAGCCCUCCGGAUCGACCUGUGACCUGCCCCGAGAGGUGUGGCUCCUGGAGACCCCGCAGGCUGAUGACUUCUGGUGCGAGGGAGAGCCCUAUCCAGGUCCCAAGGUCGUCCCUUGAUCCUGCAAGCGCCCGGUAGCUCUGGGCCGAAGACGUGCUCUACUCAGAUCUGGGCCUGGCUGCCAGCGACCCCACCACAGGGGCUCUCUCCCUACCCCCAGGCUGCCUGGGCAUUGUAUCUACUGGAGUGGACUAUAGUUGCUUCCUCGGGAGUCUUGGGAAGCACGGGCGACUGGACUGCAGCCAGCAGGCACGGUUAUGGGGGUGGGGUAGGCGGGAAGGCUAGGUUUUCUGGUUCUGUCAUUGCUACCAGGGUUUUUAUUUGUUUGAAGGGGGAGAUGAGCAUGGGACUAUCUGAAGUGCUUCCAUCCUAAAGCCAUAAUGAAAAUAUUCUCUCUGUUCCCCAUUCUGUACAAAAUACACUGAAAGGUUUUGUCCCCGCCUCUACCUUGGGUAAAUAGGGUGUGUUUUUCCUUAUGUUCUUAUGCCCUUUAUUUCGUAUUAUAGUUUUAACUUAUUGACUGUGCAUGAUCCAAUGGGUUUGAGUUGGUUUUAGUUUAAGUCAGAUAAUUGGUUAAAAACUAGUUUUAAAGAGAUGAGGUACUGUCUAAAGUGAGCUGCCUGUCUGAAUAAUUCGUUGUGAAAAUUAAAUCAUUCUUCCAGAGUUGAGGAAUCAUCCCCAAAACAUGACUAUGCGUGUAGAGGACAGGAUAUUCUUUCUUCCCCUUGCCCAGUAGCUACAUCUGGUUUACUCUAGCAGCAACUACUAAGGUAUUCACACCUACAUAUGUUAGGACAAAUUGUCACAGUUUAUCUUCCUAUGAGUCUGCAGCUCUGUGAGUUGAGCAGAUUUCUGUUUGCACAUUUCACCUUGAAUGCAAAAACUAUGUUAACCUGAAGUUAUUUUUUUUCUUGCAUUGGUGUAAGAGGUGAUAGGGUAAUUCUGUAUUUUCUAAUCAGAAGAUUCAGAGAUGCUGAAAUCUGCAUGCUUCCAAACAACUGAAUGUAAAACAGCGCUAGCCAGCAGUUGAAUUCCAUGUCCCUGUUUACUCCCAGCAUUUUCCCGUAAAAAUAGAGAAAAAUGUUAAUGACUGUUUCAAAUUUUCUCAGCCCUAAUAUUCCAGAGGGGUGGUGGUUCUAGCUGUGUUGUUGGUGGCCCUGUUCUCAGAACCGUCUCUCUCAGGCAGGAGAGAGCCAUUGCUUGCUUCAUCUAGUGUGGUUUUCUAUAGGAAAAGACAAGCACUGAUGGUCAAGGCUACAGAAUUGAGAAUUAACUCCACUGCUGGCCAUUUUUAGGGUCCAAAACUUCGGGCAAAACACUUCCCACACCCACCUUUUAACAGUUGAGCUAUCUGUGUCUGGUUUUAUUUUUUGUCAUUUUAAUAGGGUGAGCAGCUUGGCCCUGUUUACAAACACAUUGACACUAUUUGCUUCAGGCUGUGGAGCACUAUUUCUCUCUUUUUACUAUUUACAGGAUUCCUGUUCUUUUUUCACAAACUUUUAAUUAAAACUAAUUAGAAAUAAGCCCAUUAAAAUUUACUCAGCUGUUGUCUAAGCCCUGUUGAUGGACUUGCCCAUGUGGCAGUCCAGUUCUAAUAUCUAUGAUAAGGGGAGAUUUACUGUUGGUGGAAGUUGGGACCCUUUAGGAGAAAAAGUAUGUGCCUUUGCUUCUUUAUGCAUACUGGGUUACAGAGGCCCAAAGUGAAGGAAUAUCUGUUCCCAGUUUUAAAAAUAGAAUGGAAAAAGGUAAAUUUUUGAUGAAUUUUUUUUUAUUUACAAAAAGGAUGCUUAUUGAAGGUGAUGUGCCACUAUGUUAAAAAACAUGAUGGAUGUAAUGCCAAGAAUUUUCUCCAAGGUUACUAACAUUUUAUGGUAGCUUCACAUUGUAGUGUGGUCUAGUAUGUCUUGGGGGCAGUUUGAAGUAGUUCUUCAUAUGUUCAGUUUGAAAAGAAGUUCUACAUAUGCAAAUUAUGAUUUUUCUUAGAAAAGUGUUCACCAAAUUGGUGUUUGUCAUAGCACAGUAUGAAUGUGUUUGGUUAUCACUCACAUAGCUACCAGUUUUGAAUUAUAUUGUAAAACAUAAAGAUGAUUAAUAAGAUUGUGGAUAGUAAUGUGUAUGUUAUAAUACAACCUGGAGUACAUUAAACUCACUUACAGAAAAUUCUGGCAAUGGGCCAGAAAUAGAGGAGGAAUUUUUUUUUCCCCAAACUUCACUAUAUAAAGUUUUAAAGUACUCGAGUAUAAGCAAACUUAAUUUAAAAAAAAAACAACUAAGGUGCUUUUCAAAAGAAAAACAAAUUGUUGCAGGCCAAAACAGCAAUAUAAUAUCUCUAGUUAAAAAGGAACAGUGAACCUCUUGGUUCACUAAUAAAUUCUGAAUAAAUUAAUGGGGGACACAAAAUGUAACCUGUUACAGUGAGCCACUAAAAAAAAAAUUCUUAAUACAAAGGCAAAUGUGCAAAACUUGCACCUUUCUGCAUAAACUGUUAGUCAUGACUGUCUUCAUGUGCUGCUAUUGCAUUUCCUUGUAUUCCUGCGAUAUACUGUUUUAAUAACAACCAGGAAAAAGUCUUCCCUAUAAAGACUAAUGAGCACAAUGAUACUAACCACUUAAACUUUCCUGUUGAAUAACAUGCAAUAACUUCCUCUCAUGGGUAAGAAGUUGUCUGUCUAAAUACUCCUAAAGCUUUUUAAUUUUCUUAUAUCAAUGGCUACUAUAUCAAUGGAGAGUAUUGUGUACCUACCUACUACUUUAUGAGAAGUGUUUUUUUUUACUAAGCCUGAUUUGCAUGGAUUGAGUUUAUUCCGAUUGCUGUUUAUUAAUGAAAAUGGUGAGCCUCUUUUUAAAGUAAUAAGUGUUUGUCAACAGGAGUGGGUUCUUUGACCUUUUAGCACCAAUAUCCUUGAACUUCUCCCAAAAGUUUCAUCUUUUAUUCUUCCUUUUGCAUCAUCCCUUGGUAGGUGCCUCAGUCUUGGCAUCCCAGGAGGACUCUGUCAUCACUCAUGUAUUCCAAAUGACUUUGGAUUUUGUGCUAUGGCUCUACUGCUCAAUGAAGAAGCAAUACAUCUUUAAUUCAGGGCUCUGCUCACUGCAGUUCAACUCUAACCUGAGGGCAGUAACACUCUUGUAACUCUCCUGGUCUGAACUCCGGACCACUGAUCCCUUCCGAGCGGAGGCAUCUACUGUCAAUGAAGAAAAUUAUACGUGAAGUCCCAUAUAAAUACUGAAUCUUCAUAUCCAGGGAUGUUUACAUUUCUGGAUUAAAAUCAGUGUACUUAUGGAAAAUAAAGACAUGUUUGAAAUUGUU